GCGGAGCUGAGGCGGCGGCGGCUGGAAAGCCAGCGGUGGCGGCGACGACGGCGGCUCUGGAGGCCGCAGUCUCGGUCCUGGCUUCGGCCCCAGCCCCACCAUGGUGACGCUCGCUGAGCUGCUCGUGCUCCUGGCCGCCCUCCUGGCCACGGCCUCGGGCUACUUCGUCAGCAUCGACGCGCAUGCCGAGGAGUGCUUCUUCGAGCGGGUCACCUCGGGGACCAAGAUGGGCCUCAUCUUCGAGGUGGCCGAGGGCGGCUUCCUGGACAUCGACGUGGAGAUUACAGGGCCUGACAAUAAAGGAAUUUAUAAAGGAGACCGGGAGUCCAGUGGGAAAUACACAUUUGCUGCUCACAUGGAUGGAACAUACAAGUUUUGUUUUAGCAAUAGAAUGUCCACCAUGACUCCAAAGGUAGUGGUGUUCACCAUUGAUAUUGGGGAGGCUCCAAAAGGACAAGACAUGGAAACAGAAGGUGGUGGAGAUACCUGGGAUGCUCACCAGAACAAACUAGAAGAAAUGAUUAAUGAGCUAGCAGUGGCGAUGACAGCUGUGAAGCAUGAACAGGAAUACAUGGAAGUCCGGGAGAGAAUACACAGAGCCAUCAAUGACAACACAAACAGCAGAGUGGUCCUUUGGUCCUUCUUUGAAGCUCUUGUUCUAGUUGCCAUGACAUUGGGACAGAUCUACUACCUGAAGAGAUUUUUUGAAGUCCGGAGGGUUGUUUAAAAGCCUUUUCCUGAUGAUUCCCCAGCACAUGAUUCACUGUUUACCAAACAUCUUGGUCAUAAUAAUGUCAUUAGUUUCUAUGUUUUUAUUUUCUGAACUGUACAUUCACAGCUUAUGUUUCUUUACGAUUAAUAGAUAUUGGGGGAAAACACCUUUUUAGGAAAGUUACAGUGAGAAUUUGACAUUUGAUUGGCAUAAUUUCAUAUUCGAAUUCCACCUCCGGUAUACAGGUCCUUCCAGAACUCAAACGCUGUAAGUGAAAUAUAGGUGUAUAGUUCUUACUAUAUCUUCCUUUUGUUUUCAUAAUAAAAUGCAGUUUUGUUCAGGAUAGUACUUACUGAUAGUACUUUACUAAACUGAUUGCAUUUUUUGGAUUCCUUAUCCUGCAGUUCAAGUCAUUAAAGAUUCAUUUUGUUGCGUCCUUAUGAGAAACAACAGUCUGAAUCUUGACAUUUUUUAUCCAGCCCUAUGGCACAGCUCUGUGACUUGAGAGUUUGCUACUAGGUUGGUACUUUUAUACUUUGUCUAUCUUGUUUUUGCUUUAAAGAUAAGACUUAAUCCAACAACCUUUCCCCCCCUAAAGUUUUAGAACCUUAGAACUCAAUCACCUCCACUUAAAAUUAUUGACACAAACAGCUAAUAACCAUUUUUUGGUUUCUGCCUAACCUUGUAAGAAGAAGCUCUAUUAAAGCCAAUUCUCUGAGUGUUUCAGCGAAUGGUAGCUUUUUCUUUCUAUGCUGGCACAUCUGCUUUCUCCACUCUUGGCAUGUGGGAGGUAUGUGUUCACAUAAUUGGAAAAAUCUGGAUUUCUGAUGCCAAAGGGUUGAAGCCUCUUGGGUUUAUUUGCAGUGAUAUACAGCCACUAUUUUAUUUUUGAUCAGUGGCAUUUUGGCCACUGUAAUUAGGGUACUGAACAUCACUGUCAGUACUAGGGUUUUGUUUUUGUUUUUCUUGGGUCUUUCUUUUUUGGCACAUGUGAAUUUUGUUUUGUAUAAAACGAAAUGACUUUCUCUUGGUCUCUGAUGAUGGGUUUGAAAUUAAAGGAGCAUCUGGUUUUGGUGUGGGGAUGAUCCAGGAUUAUGUUGUGACUGAUGUAUAUUAGUUACUUGUACAUUUUUUUUGGAUCUUUGCAAGGGGAAAACUACAAGUAACGAGUUUUAUAUAAUUAAUUUAAAUUUGUUACAGGUUUUCAUGUUCAGGAUAAACAAUUUUUCAACCUUGGGUGAAAAUACUUGCAACAGUUCAAGGUGACUGUUUUACCUUAGGACAACUGUUGCACGCCAAUUUGUGUGUGUGUGUGUGAAAACACUUCAAAAUUGAAUUAAAAGAUGUAAAUUUAAAAUUGGUUGUGUAUCUAAUCUGCCCCAGGUUCAGUAAAUAAACAAUUCUUUUUAAAAACA